UGUCAAUUGUCAACAUCCAUGUGGACAUGAUUGACGUUGUUUACAAAAUCAUGCUUGGAUAUUUGGUAUAGUUUAAGUCCAGUUAUUAUGUGAAAAUGGCUGACGAAGCCAUCUUUGAUAAAAAGAAAUCGCAUCAUGCGAAACGUGCCGGACGGAAGGCUGAUAAGAAGAAGAAAAAAAAUGCAGUCGAUCAAUCUAACCUAAGUGCUAGACAGAGAAACCCGAAGGCAUUUGCUAUCCAGUCUGCUGUACGAGCUGAAAGGCAGUUUAGAAGACGUGAGGAUGUUAUUUCCAAGAAGCAGCAUAUCCCACAAGUGGACAAGACGCCGUUGGAGCCACCGCCGAUAGUAGUAGCAGUUGUCGGUCCCCCUCGUGUAGGCAAGACAACACUCAUAAAUAACUUAAUUAAAAGCUUCAUAAAAACUAACGUAACAAGUACUAACGGCCCGAUUACUAUAGUCACAUCAAAGAAACGUCGCUUAACAUUGAUUGAAUGUAACAACGACAUUAAUUCUAUGAUAGAUAUAGCAAAAUGUGCAGAUUUAGUUCUACUUUUGUGUGACGCCAGUUUCGGCUUCGAAAUGGAGAUAUUCGAAUUCCUUAACAUAUGCCAAGUGCAUGGUAUGCCAAAAAUCAUGGGUGUACUUACACAUCUUGACAUGAUUAAGAAUGCAAAAACUUUGAAAACCACAAAGAAGACAUUGAAACAUCGCUUUUGGACAGAAGUGUAUCCAGGGGCUAAAUUAUUCUACCUCUCUGGUAUAGUUCAUGGAGAAUACUUGAGAAAUGAGAUCAAAAAUCUGUCCAGAUUUAUAUCUGUGAUGAAAUUUAGGCCUUUAAGUUGGCGUAUGACACAUGCCUAUAUCUUAGCGGACCGUUUAGAAGACAUUACUAGUCAAGAGAUUAUAAGGAAGGAUCCCAAAGUGAACAGAGAUGUGGUACUGUAUGGAUAUGUCAGGGGUGUACCAUUAAUGAAAGAAGCCGUGGUACACAUUGCAGGUGUAGGAGAUAUGAAGAUAAGUGAACUAUCAUACUUACCAGAUCCUUGUCCACUACCUAACAGGGAAAAGAAACGCCACUUAAUGGAAAGAGAGAGACAGAUUUACGCCCCAUUUUCUGGUGUUGGCGGCAUUGUGUAUGAUAAAGAUGCAGUAUAUAUUGAGCUUCUUGGUUCACAUUCUCAUAAACAAGAUGAGGAAACAAAUGAAAAAAAGGAAUUAAUUAAAAAUGUUGUUGAAACAAAGGAAACACUUGAUGAACAAAUGCAGGAAUCAGGUUUUAAACUGUUUAGUGGAGGAGCUGUUAUAUAUCCAGAUAUGAUCAAAGAUGAUGAAUAUCUACAAAAUGAUAAAAAAGAAGAUUCUGAUUCAUCCAGUGAUGAAGGUGAUAAUGAUGAAUCAGGUAGUGAUAGUGGUAUAGAAGAAAACGAUAAAGAAGUUGAUGGAAACAAACUGCCAUGGGAUAACAACUCGGGUUCUGAAGCAGAGGGUGAUGAACCAGAAAAUGGUGAUGAAAAUAAUUCAGACAAAGAAAACUCUGAUGAUGAUGCAGAUUUUAAUGCUAAAUGGAAAGAAAAACUAGAAGAGAAAGCGACAAUGGCGUACUUUGAAAGACAAAAGACUUCAAAGAAUAUAAUGAAGCUGGUUUAUGGGGAUUAUGAAAUAGGUAAUAAAAAUAAAGUACAAAAAAAUGAUGCAAGUGACAGUGAAGAUGAAGAAAUUGGUGGUUUGUUUAAAAAAGUAACAAGCACACAGAAGAAAAGACAAAAGCAGAAAGAGCAGCAGGAUGUUGAUGAAUGUUCCUAUUUUUAUUCAAACAGCAAACCAGACCUAAAGGAUUGGACAAAUGAAAUUAAUAAACAAUUCCUUAUGAAGAAUUUUGUAACUGGUAAGAGAUUGCCUGAUGAAGAUGCUUCAGAACUUUUGAAACUAGAUGACGCAAGUGAUGGUGAUGAGGAACUUUAUGGUGACUUUGAAGAUCUGGAAACAGGAGAAAAGCACAUCAAUAAAGAUGUUUCAGAUGAGGUACCUGAUGAGGCAUCGGGCACAAAACGUAAAGCGGAGCCAACGAAGUCUGAAAUUCUCGAAAAGAAAUUAAAGCUUAAAGCAAAAUUUGAUUCAGAGUAUGACAACCCUGAUGAUCAUAGAAUAAAAGGUGACCAUUCUUAUUACGAAAGUCUUAAAGCAGAAGCUCUUAAACAGUCUGAGUUAAAUAAAUCCGUUUUCGAGAAUCUUGACAGUGGCUUAAGAGUUGAGGUGGAGGGCUUUAGACCAGGGUUAUAUGUUCGAAUGCUGUUCAAAGAUAUGCCUUCUGAAUUUGUCACUAAUUUCGAUGCCAGUUAUCCAAUACUCAUUGGUGCGCUGAACAUGGCAGAGCAGAACAUAGGUUUUGUAUCUUGUAAAGUCAAAAAACACAGAUGGUACAAGAAGAUACUUAAAACAAACGAUCCUCUUAUAAUAUCGUUGGGUUGGCGUCGGUUCCAAAGUCUUCCUAUUUAUUCCAAGAUAGAGGAUGACUUGAAAUGUAGGUAUUUGAAAUAUACUCCAGAGCAUGUUACAUGUAAUAUGCACUUCUAUGGGCCAAUAACCCCACAAAAUACAGGCUUCUUAGCUCUUCAAACAGUCAAUAAUAACCCUAAUGAGAUAAAACAGUUAGGAUUUAGAAUAGCAGCUACAGGCAGUGUUAACGAAAUUAAUAAAUCUACACAAAUUGUGAAGAAACUCAAAUUAGUUGGAACUCCAUUGAAAAUAUACAAAAAGACUGCAUUCAUAAAAGAUAUGUUUACUACCACAUUGGAGGUGGCGAAAUUUGAGGGUGCCAGAGUUAAAACUGUAUCUGGAAUCAGAGGUCAAAUUAAAAAAGCUUUAAAUAAACCUGAAGGUGCAUUCCGCGCGACAUUUGAAGAUAAGAUUCUUAUGAGUGAUAUCAUAUUUUGCCGCACAUGGUUCAAAGUGGAUGUAACGAAGUUUUACGCUCCUGUGGUCAAUUUAUUAUUACCCGCUGGAAAUAAAAAUGCUUGGCAAGGUAUGAAAACUAAAGGUCAAUUAAAAAGAGAACGUAACAUUCAAAAUGACGCUAAUACUGAUUCUAUGUACACUAGUAUAAAAAGGGAUCCAAAGGUAUUCAAACCUUUGGUUAUCCCUAAAGUAUUGCAAAAAGGACUGCCCUAUAGAUUUAAACCUAAAGAACGUAAAACGACUUUAUCUGGUGUUAAAGCUAAAAAUAUAUUUAAAGACAGAAUAGCAGUUAUUAAAAGCCCACAUGAGCAGAAGGUAUCAAAUGUUAUGAAGAUGUUGAAAACAAACUUUGAACAAAAGAAGCAAAAGGAAAAAGAAGCAACAGCAGACAGGUUACAAAAGCAUAAGAAACAAAUAGAAGAAGAAGAGUGGCGGAAAUUGAAGAGGCAAAAGGAAUUGAAGAAAAAAAUUUGUCGGCAUUUAAGUAAGAUUUCCAAUAAAAAGAAACCUCAAAUGUAAAUUUAAAUAUUUGUUUUAAAUUGUUAAGAUUAAACUUGACUUGAUACAAUUA